AGUGGGUAGUCCCAAGUCCAUUAAGGUCAAAGAGAUAAAGCAUUCUGAGCGAGUAGUACAAGCUUCAAUUGCCCGAUACAAGCCAUCUUUAUGAGCGGCAAUGAAGAUUCUGAUUCCUCGAGAGACCAUUCCUCCAAGAAAGAGUCCAUUCGGGUUGAACUGGAAUAUCCAAAGACAGGCAUUAGCGAGAGAUUUCUUCUUCUCAAGCCAGUCAUCGUCAACCCCAAGACCAAAACAUCGGAUUCAGAUCAAGAAGAUAAAGACGAAUACAAUCCCAUCACAGAUCUAAUGCGAACGGCCAACGCCAUUUACGAAUACUUCUUACCAGCUGAAUUACAAAAGUUGCUUGGCGACGAGACGCAAGGCACCAUGCGAAACUUGACCAAGUAUAGAAAUCGAAGAAAUGGAACCGGUUUUAUCAAGGCUGUCAAUGAAUUCAAUGCCGUGGUUCGAAGUUUCAAACAGGACGGUCAAAUGGCUUCCAAUGCGCGAAGAAUUCGUCCCAGCUAUGAACUAGUCUGUCAUAUUCUGUACCAGGUUUAUAGUCGUACUGUUGCCCCGCACGCCGAAGCUUUGAAUAACUAUCAAGCGUUCUCAAACCAUGUGUACGGUGAGAUCAAUUCCAUUUUGAUCAAGGAAUUCAUUGAGCGCACCAACAUUACCUCGAAAAGCGUGUUCAUCGACAUGGGCUGUGGAAUUGGGAAUGUUGUCCUGCAAGUAGCUGCCCAAACGGCUUGUGAAGCGCAUGGUAUCGAGAUCAUGGAAACACCGUGCAAAUUAGCCAAGCUUCAGCUGAAAGAAUAUGCUACUCGUAUGAGGGCAUGGCAACUUCCCAGUGGCAAUAUUCGCAUACGACAGGGAGACUUUUUGGAAUCUCCUGAAAUCCAUGAUGCCCUGAAGCGGGCCGAUGUUAUUUUGGUCAACAACUACGCUUUUGACAGUACACAAAACCAGGGCCUUUGCCAAUUGUUCUUAGAUCUCAAGGAAGGCACGCAAAUUAUUUCCCUCAAGUCCUUUGUCCCCAUCGGUCACAAACUGACUGAGCGGACCGCGCAUGCUCCCGAAUCUAUCCUACGUGUCAAGAAAUUCCCUUAUUACACCGAAGCUGUGAGUUGGACUCACAAUGGGGGCAGUUAUUAUAUCUCGACAGUGGAUCGUCGUCCGGUCCAACGAUUUUACCAGCGACUCAUGGGUUAAACAAAAAGGAAUUCGUUGAUCGAAACGCUCAAACCAUCUCUGUAAUUUAUUUUUCACUCACUGUUCGUUUUUGUGUCUUGAACCCCAUAACGUGCCUUCUCUUGUGAUAUUAUUCGUCGUAAACCAAAUCUGUAAAACUAGUGUAGACAACCCAAACCCCAAUUUGAAAAUAUUAGAAGGUGCAAAAAUUGCCCAUAUGUAAAACUGACCUCCAUUGGAACAAGGAACAUUC